AUGCAAUCACCAGCUUCGGUAUGCCGUCGGAAACGGCGUCGUGUGGCGGAUGAAGAUCGGAAGAGAGCCGCCAGAGCAUGUGAUCGAUGUAAGUCGCGAAAGAGUAAAUGUAUAGAAACGAUUCGCGGAAGUUGUACGAGAUGUCUUCGGAAUUCUCUUUCAUGUCAUUUCUCUCGAGAACGAACGCCUGUCAGCGAGGAGCAAUUCCUGAUAGCUCAUGACAACACGCAGAUUACGCAGAAUUCAGUAGCCGGUGAAGAUGGAGACGAGUCGGAAGACGAAAGAAAGCGAGAAGAAAACACGAGCACAACUGUCUCGGUUGAUGAAGAGAACUACAUCUGGCCUCAAUUCUUUUCUCGAAUUCGCGAGACAUUGUAUCUGGACUCUUCGUCGGCCGUACAGGAACAGAGCUUCGGUCAUUUGCAAAUGAGCAACUACAACGAUUCCAUACCUUCAUCAGAGGAGACGCGUAGAUUACGCAAGGCGAUCAAUAGUUUCCCUCCACGCCCAGUGGCGGACUUUCUUAUAUCAGUCUGUAUCAAGCAUGGUACAGACAAUUUCUUCUAUUUCGACCAAGCCAGUUUCAUAUCGGACAUUAACCAGUUCUACACACAUAGUAGAUCUCCUCUGAGGCAUGACACCCGUUUUGUGUCUCUAGCAUUGGCGGCGUUUGCGCUGGGAAGUCAGUGGACUACUCUUGAAAAACCAUCUGAAUCUCAGAGAUGCGUCAUCAUUCACCCCGAUUACGGUGAUCCGGGAAAGAUAUUCUACAGCCAUGCCAAAACACUGGUUCCUGAUAUCAUAGACAGACCAAAUUUAGUCACUGUACAGGCUAUUUUCCUCUUGGGUGUAUACCUUAUGCCCGCCAGCGCGAUUGGUUCGUCAUACGUCUAUUUAGGGCUUGCGCUACGCACUGCUCUCACGAUAAAUCUUCACAUGGACAAUUCGGACGAUGCAACACUUUCAAGUACAGAAAAGGAGGUUAGACGACGUCUAUGGUGGUCUAUAUAUUCUUUAGAACGAACCACCACCCUGAAACUCAACCGUCCCCGAUCAAUUAGCGCUGAAAUCAUCAGUGCUCCCUUCGCUUCACCAUGCCCCAGUCUCGAUAAAGUUCAGCUGUUCGACAAUCACCGUCACCAAAUAUUCUAUACCAAACUCGCCUUGAUCAUUGACCGCGUUGUCGAGUCGUCGUCGCUGUCCAUGUGGCCUCCCGUCCAGAGCACCAACACAGAGACUCCAAGACACUGGUUUGAGAAUGUUGAAGCAGAGCUCAAGUCAUGGAAGCGAAGUCUACCUUCAGACUUUGCGCUUGAGUUGAUUGAUCCCCGCGAUUCACGCUAUCGGGCAGUUUUCCAUCUACAUCUGCAAUAUUACUACGCCUGGAUCGCCGUAGGGAAAGUCUGUGUCGUUGCAGUUGUGCGUGAGCAUCUGCGACAUCAUAUAGCAAAGGAGAAAUCGCCUCUAUACAGAGACCAGAGCGUCCCUUCGCUAGCGAAGCAUUGUAUUAAAGCGGCAAAAAAAUUACUUCGACUAUUCGAGAAUAUCACCAAAACAAACAACCUCACACGUUUCUCUUUCACUGAUUUCCAGGGAUGCAGUAUCUCUACUAUCAUUGUUUUAUUGGCGGGUAUAAUGAAUAGAGACCCCGAAUACGAAUCACAGGUCAACUUCGGCCUGGAGUCGUUGAGGAAGAUGGCUGACGGGAACAGGAGUGCCAAAACUGGCGUGAGGUUUGUCGAAAUGUUGCGGUCUAUUGCGGAUGAAGCUGUUGCAAAGCUGAGACAGACUGUUAAUCAGUCUCAUGCUCAGUGGGGGGCAGACAGAGAGGAUACUGAAUCGCGUUAUCUUCAGUGGGCCGAGUGGUUGGCCAGGGCGGAUGGAUCACAGCAACCGGCUACGUAUCACGCGGAUGCUAACACUCAAGCCAUGACGGAUCUUUUGCCAGCUCCUCGAAUUGACUCGUCUUUCAGAACGGUACAGAAUAAUCCUUCUGUGGCAGAACCUGGCACCGGAUAUCUCUGGCCGACGCCCGUGUCUCAUUCCUCGGUGGCUAACACCCUAUCUCCUUCUAUUAUGGGGUCAGAUACACCAACGGCGCUGAGGGCAAGGUUACGGGCAAAGGACCCCAAUGCGGGUUUGGUUUAUAUGACAGACAGCACUGGUCACGAACAUCAUCAGUCAUUGCACACUCAAGAUGGACUAGAAGCUACAAAUCCCUCCUUGCAGUGGCUGCAUGGAGAUGAUCAGACGUUUCUUACAUGUCUUACGGGAUUUGAUAUGCUAGAUUUUGCAGAUUUGACCGGGCCGGUAGACCCAGCUAAUGUGUAA